ACAAAAGAGUAAUAUAAAGUAAAAAUACAAAAAAAUACACAAAAAUACACUACACACUAACACAAUACAAUUAUUGUAAUUACUUUUGGGAAUUAUUGCAAAUUGCGGUGUUCCCACAACUUACAUUCCAUAAUACACUAUCCUUCACGGCUUAGCAAUGAAAUUGAACAGGGCAUGCGCUGCAGAGCCCGGCCACAAGCAGUACAAAAGAUAUCACAUUGGUUUACGGCCUGUGGUAAUAUCGGCCGAACGCUACAAUGGUAUUGUGGACAGAUCAAACCAGAAAGAAAAGCAGGAGAUGCUGGAGGCCAUUGAGGAGGAGCAACGGUACAGGCAAUACCUCAAAGAUGGUAACGAUGCACUGAUGAAGCGCUUCAAAAACUUGGCUAAUACGCAGGGCGAGGACGAUGACCAGCGUCAGGCUGCCAGAGACAAGGUCCUGGCUGAAAUGACAAAGGACCAAAGGGCAAAAAAGCUGCUGGAACAGAUGCGCAAGGAGCGCAUCAUGCGUGCCAAUCGAAUUUUGAACCUCUUGAAGCCAGGUCCACGUGCUCUCCACCAGGGCUUGCUCAACAGCGAAAUGAUUUACCAACGAGACUACAAUCAAGCGCUUAAGUGUGAAUUUGCCGAGGAUGCUCGACGCCAGCAGCAACUGGACGAGAAGCAGUGUCCAGAGUUUUUGAUACCAUUUGGCCAUGUGACUGAGGAGCAGGAGAAGGCACAGCAGCUCGUCAAAAUGAACGACAUGCGUGAUUAUUACUUGAAGGACCUCGAAGCAAGACGUCUGCGCAGACAGGCUAUGAAGGAGCACGAGGUAUUGGACUGCAUUGUACAGCGCGAGAAGUACAAGUGCAUGCAGGAGCAGGAAGAGAAAGCCGCCAAGGCGACGGCCGAAAGAAAGCGCGAGUUUUGCCGAAGUGCCUAUCGUGAAGCUCUCAAGGAAAAGGCCGAGAAAGCCAAAUUCGAGAGCAUGUGUGACAAUAUCGAGGAACGAAUUAUCUGCGUCGAUAAGACAACACAUCGAAAUAUGGAUGCACGCUUCAACAAGCAAACGAAGGAUAUGCGCCAGAGCCGCAUCCGUCAGCUGGAGGCAAACGCUGUGCAGCUCUGCCAGAACCAGCAGGCCGCAAAAACACAGCUGCAACAUUUGCAGGAUGUUGCUUUGGAACGGUAUGCCACCGAAGUACUCGUGGAUGAGCAACGGCGGAAAUGUGAGAUCAAGAAGCUGUCGGAGCAACGCAGGCAGUACGAGCUGGAGAGUAAAAAACGGCAGCAAGAGAAAGAUGAAAGGCUUGCAGAGAUUCGUCGCUACCAGAUUGUUACACGAUUCAAGAACGAUGAAGCAAACAUAAAUUUUGCGACUGCCGCCAAGAAGCAACAGGAUAAGGUAACCGCCGAUCUGCGCGAUAUACUGCAUGGCCAGCGUAAGGAAUUCCUGGAUCAGCGUCAAGAGGAGCUAAUGCGCAUUACUGCUUGCGAUGAAGAUCCCCAUCUGAAGGACGAUGUUAACUUCUUCGAGGGAGCAGUCCAUUUAAUGGAGGAUUCCAAAUCCAUCGGUCGGCCCUUGUAUCCGAUUGCCAAAGCUGUCGCGAAAUACCGCAAGGAGAACCAAGUGGACAUGGUGCCCGAGGGUCAAAUGGUGCGUAGAAGCAAGUUACGUGAUGCUUGCUGGCCAGGCUACUACUCCAAGGCGGAGCUGGCCUACAGAAAGUACGAGCAUCGCGAGGGCUGCCGACGCGAACAGGAGAAGGAGCGCCACACCAUUUUUAACAAUUGCAUCAAGAUCACCAAAAUGGCAUCCGAAGAGAGCCCGUAUAAGCGCUGCACCAUCGAGUGCCCCAUGCACUGCUUCCAGCACCGCGGCUUGCCCGCUAUGGAGAGCGUUCAGUCCAUGGAGAUGCCUGGAUUUAUUUGCCACGAGGAGGAACUGCCACCUGCCAAGUGUCCGAGCAUUAAGGAGAUUGCGACGCCUUGCCAAAAUUGUCCACCAAGUGAUGGCGCUUGCCUUUGUCCAAGUGUUAUGCAGGUAAUGAAGCCAGGCGAGGAAUAUCCUCCCAGCGAACCAAAAGCGCCCAGCGAGCACAAGGCGCCCAGCGAGAAAACGCCGCCCAGCGAGCCAACGGCGCCCAGCGAGAAAAUGCAACCCAGCGAGUCAAGGGUGCCCAGCGAGAAAAUGCCGCCCAGCGAGCCAAAGGCAGCUGAGUCCACUCUAGCCAAAUCUGAAUCAACAUUAACAAAAUUCAAUUCCAAACGAAUUGCGGCUGGCAAAGAGUCCACAACAGCUCAAUACAGUAUUAAUUCAGGAUCUACAAAACGCAGCACUCGAAAACCGGCUCUGACACGUUAUUGGACCGCAAAGCCUUUAGCUCAAGCCAAAGCUAAAAUCGACCCUAUCGCCAGCACAAUAGAUCUGACACGCACCGUCAAGUCGUGUCCCGAAACCAAUUGGUCGAAAACCCGAAAGCAAUUCGAUUGAAUAACUCAGUUGUGGCCAUUUCUAAAUUUAUGUUCAUCUAGUGCAUCUUGUAUUCCUGCUUGUCCCAAUGGGAGAGUGCAAAGUAAAAAAGAAAUCUACCUAAA